AUGAAUCAUCGACCCUCUUUUCCAAAAGUGCCAGCAGCGGCACUCAUACCACUACUCCAAUCCCCCUUGAAACCUCCGACAAGAACACGCCCACUCCGGUCAUCAAACCUAGCUCCACCCCCACCGCAAGCACCUCUCACCCCCCCCCUAACAAUCCAGCACCUCCGCCGGGAAGCGCCGAAUGAAGUCCUCCUCUACACGGACGCGAGCCGCUGCCCCCUCACCGGAAUCUCCUCCGCAGGCAUCUACAGCUGUGGAGUCGAAUCUGUCUCGGUAUCCCAGAGGCUCCCGGCCGGACUCACGAGCGUGGACGCGGAAACUGAAGCGUUGCUGGUGGGCGUAUCCAUCGGAUCAUCGAUCGCGAGGAGGACCGGGAGGGGGGUCGUUACAGUUUGUGCGGACUGUAUUCAGGCGUUGGAGGCCGUGAACAGGUUGGUUUGUGAGGGGAGGUUCGGGGGUGCGGGUCCGGAGGUUCAGGUUAGGGAUGAGUGGGUUAAGGGGCAGAGUGGAGUGAAGGGGAAUGAGGAAGCGCAUAGGUUGGCGAGGAAGCGUUGAUCUUGUGAGUUGAUGUUCUGGCGUGGUUUUUUCCUGUUCGCUUGCUCUCGGGAAGCGGAGUUUUUUCUCCUCUGGUGGUGCUUUCUUAAACCUUGGCCUGUUUGCGAUUAUCUUUUUAUAUUCUUUGGGGAUCAGUGAGGGGUGCUGCCUAGUUGCCAUUUUUCUCGUUUUUUAUCCUUUUUAUUCGGGAGUCUUUGCUCAGUUAUGGUAACUUGCUUCGGAAAGUUUUUAUUUACCAAUUAAGCAAUUUUCAUUGAUCCUUG